CCUACCUUCUAUGUUCUAUGGCACACAGAGUGCAUAUACCAGUAGUACCUAAUCGAAUGUUGUGAAAGCCUCAUCCGUUUUCUCGUAAUCCUAAUCCCUACUACGAUUAGGGUUCGUUCUGUACUUCAAAAAGGUUGUUUUCCCCCCUUACGCCCUUUCUUACGUUCCUCUUAAUUUCACAAGAAGCUUAAUUCUGAUUCGAUUAUUCGGUUUUAUUUGUUGGAUCUCAUUCUCAUAUGUAUCUAUCGUAGAAUUCUGUAAAUUUUUUUGCAUUUUUGGGGUUUGUUUGAUGGUUUUGGAGAAUGUCGGAGGCCAAUAUUAAUAAUCAACGCCAUCAUCAAGCAUCGAUUUACGAGGGCGUUAAUCUGCAACCCGUUAAUUUGCAUCAUCAUCAGCAACAGGGAAUUAGCAUCAAUAAUAACGAUAAUCAACAUCACGUAGUUGAAGAUGUGGUUGUACAUGAAGAUGAUGAUGUUGCCGUUGGCGAAGAAGAGUCUAUAGACAACCCUAGUCGGAUCCGCUACGACAACCACAACUCCCAUCAUCAUCACCAGCAUAAUACUUUACAGAACAGCGGCAGUCUCGAAACCGGCAUGGAGGAUAUGAGCGUUCAGCCUCAUGCUUUGUAUGUACAGGACGCUGAAAUUCAGCCUGUUAGCGGUGGAGUUCCAGGUGCAGGUGGAGGUGGAGGUGCGGAUCAGCUUACCCUGUCGUUUCAGGGCGAAGUUUACGUCUUCGAUGCCGUUUCGCCUGAAAAGGUGCAAGGUGUGUUAUUGCUUUUGGGUGGUUAUGAAGUACCAACUGGUGCCCCUACUUUAGGGAUCCCCCCUCAAAAUCAAAGGGGUUUAAACGAGUUCCCUGGAAGAUCAAGUCAACCACAAAGGGCUGCUUCUUUGAGUCGAUUCAGGGAGAAGAGAAAAGAAAGAUGCUUUGAUAAGAAAAUCCGUUACACUGUACGGAAGGAAGUUGCUCUUAGAAUGCAGCGUAAAAAAGGGCAGUUUACAUCAUCCAAGGCCAAUUCUGAUGAAACAGGUUUACCUUCUUCAGAUUGGAACGGUGGUCCUGGUCAAGAUGAAGAAACAACCUUCAAUAAGACAAUAGUCCAUUUGUUACAUGGGACUAAACAAACAUUCUACGAGGAUGAAGAGGGACAGAAAUGUAGGCACUGUGGGAUCAGUUCAAACUCAACCCCAAUGAUGCGUCGUGGGCCUUCUGGGCCAAGGACAUUGUGCAAUGCAUGUGGAUUGAAAUGGGCUAACAAGGGGGUUUUAAGGGAUCUUAACAAGGUUUUAGCAGACCCUACUACUGGAAAGACUAUUAUUGAGCAGGUGCAGAGUGGGGGUGGGGAAGGGAAUGGAAGUGAUGGUGUAAAUGUGGUUUUUAAUGGAGGACAUGGUUCAGCUGUGACUGCUGAAAGGUGAGGGCUUGUUCAGUUAUUUGUUGCAGCAGCCAAAGCCAAUGGAGAUAUGUUGAAGGAAAAAAAAGGUGUAAAAUAAGAGAGUAGUUACUGUUUACAAAGAUUGUAGAUAUUGGUUUACGUCUUGAGGGAAAUGGGAGUUGCAUUAUAU